UUUUUUUUAUAAAAUUUUCUUCCAGCGCCCCCACAACUUCUCCCUUUGGAAGGCCAACAAUCUCCAAUUCGCAUUGCGUUGGGCACCAAAGGAUUUAAAUUGAGCUGUCCAGUUAGGACAAGUUCUGAAGAGGAAUGGGGACAUAAUAAUCAUCAAAUUAAUGAGGAAACAAAUUUAGAAAAUGAAUUAAUUAUUAAAUGGAGUAGAGAUGGGAGGGCUUUGGAGACUGGAAAUAAUGGGCAUUAUAAUAUGGCUAAUGGAAAUAGGGAUUUGUGGAUUUUACAGGCGAGGAGUGAAGAUAGUGGGCUUUAUCGAUGCACGGCCAUUAACGAGUGGGGCCAUCAAAGUGUAGAAUUUCGAUUACAAGUGUUUGACCCAACUAAUACAGUAGCUGAUGUUGUUAGAUCUAGUGAAAUAUCUGCCCCAACAUGGAAUGAACCCAUAGGCCCUCUUCCAAUCCAAAUACGUGUAAACAAAGGCAAACACAUUCAAUUACAAUGUCCUACAGCACAUGGAAAUCCUUUGCCUAGAAUGACUUGGUUAAGGCUGACAGGGCAUUCUGAACAAGAGCUAGGCAAAAUGUCGCAUCUCUCAUUUGACCGUGUUCGCCCUCAAGAUGCCGGAAUCUAUGCCUGUCGUUUAGAAAAUAAUCUAGGAGCGAUUAGAGCAGAUUUUUCACUUCAAAUAGUUGAACAAGAAGAGAGCGAAGAAAAAAUAUUCGUUGAAAAUAAUGAAGAAAAAACACAAAAUUUGCCUUCUAGAGGAAGUAUUUCCUCUUCAAUACCUUCACAUAUGAGAUCUGCAGCUUCAAAUGUUGUUCCCCCAUCAACUCCACGAAUUGAUGUACUUCACGGACAACAAAAAUUGCAUGUGGGGAAUACUGCAGAAUUGCAAUGCCGUGUUGAAUGGAGAGGGGAAAGGGACAAAACUGUGAUAAGAUGGCUUCGUCAAUUAGACAAUGCUGAUGUAAAUGCUGUUAAAGCGAAGGCACCCAAUUCUAGUCUUUUAAAACUUGGACAAAUUACAUUGUUGAUGAUUGAACAGGAAGACGAACCUGUCCGUGAUUCUGGCCGUUAUUUCUGUGUUGUAACAAACCCUGCUGGCCAAUUUGUUUACCGUUCAAUAAACAUUUCUGUCGUCGACUCCAAUUCAUUAAUUCCUUCAACCCAUGCUUUAUUGAAUCUUUACUUGUCUCAAUCGCCUCUUUUUAGAGCCUUAACUCUUUGCCUGUUAGGCUUGUUUAUAAUUGGAUUUAUUCCUUUAAUUGGCUGGCUUUUUUUUGUUAGAAUAUAUAACAAUGGAAGGAAACAACAAAAAUUAAAAGAAAAAUUUUCUGAAGGGAAAAAUCAAAAAGAAAGUUUAAAUCAACUGCCAAAUACCUUAACAUCAUCUUCUUCAACCUCGGCAACCAAUAGCAACAACAACACAAAAAUAAGCAAUAUAAAUACAAACAACAAUCAGAAUUUAAAUCAAAAUUUAAAUCAGAAUUUAAUCCAAACAUUUUCAACUGACCCUUAUUUUAAUAAUAAUUGUUUUCUGCCUCCCCCGCCACGCAUUCCUCCACCUAUUCUACCUGUUAAUAAUUCAUCUGCUGUAAAUUGGCCUUCUUUACCAAUGCAGGCUUCAACUUUAGAAAGAUAUGUUAGAACGAAUAAACCUCAAAUGUUGCAUAGAACUAGGGCGGAUGAAGAAAUGAGUAAAAUUAGCAGUCAUAUUUAUGCUUCCGGUUCCCCCCUACCUAUAUCAGUAAAUUAUAAUAAUCCAAGAAUGUUUAAUAAUCAACUCAAUUUUAAUGAAAUGAAUAAUCCUUUAAUUAAUAAAGGACAGAACAUUAAUAUUAAUAAAAUGAGUAAUAAAUUAAUUGAAGAACAAAGAAGGCCUUUAAUCGAGGCUUAUAGGUCAACAGAGCUAUUAAACUAUAAAAUUGAUCUAUAG